CCACAGAAGCCGCGCCUUGCCUUCAGGGAAACCACAGAGGAGACAGCGAGCCCGUGGACGAUGGGGAAGACGCGGGAGAGCAGGGUGAUGCCCACGGACCCCUUGAGCAACGCGGGGCUGCUCUGCCAGGCCUGCGGGUUCCUCCUCCUCGACCCGCAGCAAGCCGAGUGCGGGCACCGAUACUGCCGCCGAUGCGUCCAAGCCCUUUUCAGGAAUAAAGAGAGAGUGGCCUGCCAUACCUGUAAGACGAGACUCAGCUCUAGACAGUUUCAUAGUGACAAAGCAGCAGAAAAAGAUGCCUUGGCCACAGACGUUGCCUGCCCGAAUUUUGACUGCUCUUGGACCGGAACACUCAAAUCAUAUCAGGAGCAUGCCUGCCCUCCUCUGGUGCACCAUGGAACUGUAGUGAAAGCCGCCUUUGACCUUGGACAUCAAGACAUAGAAGAAGAAGCACAAUCUUCCUGGAGCAUUGGAAGCCCAAUCAUGGGUGACCCUGCCUUGAAUGUGGAAUGUGUCCAAAUGCGUGUGGAAGCCUUGGAGCUGAUGGUGUUGUCCCUGCGCCGGCAGCUUGCCAGUCAAGGGGCCAUGGUGAAGUCUCUCCAGCACAACUGUUCCCAAUAUGAAAAACUCUUGAGGUUGUCUCAAGAGAAAAACAAAGAAUCCAAACCGCCAAUGCCAGAACUGGUCAGCACUGAUGGAACCCUGGUGUGGAAGGUGGAGAACUUCUCCAAGCUCAUGAAGGAGUCCAAAGCGGGAGGGAAACGUUCCAUCUACUCUCCAGUCUUUGCCACUCACACCUUUGGGUACCAUCUCUGUGUCCGGCUAUAUCCCGAUGGAGAUGGUAUUGGCCAGGGAGGCCAUCUUUCCCUCUUCCUCGCCUUGGCCAAAGGGCCCUAUGAUGACAUCCUGCCCUGGCCCUUCCGGCAAAAGGUCACCUUCUGUCUCCUGGACCCUACAAGGAAGAAGUCGCCAAUCAUGGAGACCUUCCUCCCAGAUCCUCACAGCUCCUCCUUCCACCAGCCUCGGGAGAGGUUGAACGUGGCCAGUGGGAGCCCCCUUUUUGCCAGCCACGUUGAGAUUCCUAACUACCUUAAGGAUGACACUCUCUACCUAAAAGUGGUGGUGGAUUUGGCAGGGAUGGAAAUUUGAGAUUGGAAGGCAGUGGAGACGUGGAGGGAGAAUUUAAUUAUUCUUCUCUGGUCUACCAACUUCUUGCCUUUUCCUUCCAAGGUACCCAUCAACUUAUCCUGAAAUUCUUCAGCUCUGCUAUCAAACUUCAAAAACAACAACAUCCACUACAGUUCAUUCUACUAUGAGUAUAUACCUACCUCUUGCAAGUCUAACAUCAGUACAUAAUUUGGGCUGUGGGUCAUGGGAUAUUACUCUCCUUGAUUUAAUCUCCUGUGGAAAACAUAUCCCAUUACAGCUCUUUUAAUUGGCAAAUUUUGGACAAUAUGUAUUGGUUAGAUAUGCUGAAAUUAACAGAAAGUCUAGAACCUUGGAUGAUUUGUCAAACCAAUCCAAAUCACAAAAUUUGUGGUUUUAUUGUUAUGCUGCUUCAGAUUUACUUGAGUACAUUUCAUUUUCAAAGAUGCUGAGAGCUGGAAGAUUUCCUUUCGAUGUUUUCUUGCAAUCACAUCUAUUGUUGAAAAACAAAACAAUAUUUUGGAAAAUGCAUUUCUUAUUUGUAAUUGAUUGUUUCUAUAACACUUCUUAAAGGGCCAUUAGGGCUUUGCAAUAAAUACUAAGGAUUUUGAGACAUGUGUCCUUAGAUAAAACUAUUCUUUCUACCUCAUAUUUCUUAUGAUAUUUAUUGAUUAUUUAUUUUUGUGAUAACAGCACAGAGAUGUGAUUAUAUAAAUUACGAUAUUAAAUUAUACAAAUUAUGAUAUUAAAGGAUAUAUUUUU